UGCAUUGCAUUGUUUAUUAUUGAGAGGCAGCUGACACAAACCUGGAGGAAAAGAGCAUCCCUCCUCGCGCUGUUCAUGACCUCCUCGUCUCCUCUCUGUCAGUCGGUCAUGCUAAAGUGGCUUCUUCCAGCCCCCCCCAGCCCCACUUGGUCCGCACACGGUUGGAGCGUACGUGCCUACCAGGAGUGUUAUGGUGAAGCGGACUGUCAAAGCAGCGAGAGAAGGCAUAUCUAAACUGUCAGGUAAUGAUCGAGAUAGCCUCUUCCUGUAUUUGCACCAGAAGAGCCACAGCCGCCCGUGUCAUGUGUAUCAGUGUAAUGCUUUCAGGGUUUGAGAUUAGCUCCAGACUGGUCGCUCUCACUCACAGAUAGGGAGCUGUGUGGUUCGUGGCAAUACUUCUCAACAAUAACCAUCCUAUUCUGGACAUCUAUUGCAUUUGAAAUUGUUCGUUCCGUUUCAAUGUCAUAAUGGACAGGUUGCACUCCUCCAUGCGUAAAAGGCUCUACAGUUUGCCACAGCAUAUUGGACAGAAAGCUUCUAUUAUGGGCGAAGGAGAAGACGGCGACAAGGACACCCGGAGGAAGAGUAUUAGGAUGAAACCCUUGCCGUCACCAACCUCCAGAGGAAGCUUCAAAGCCAUCGGGGAGACCAGAAGUGGGGACACAGUGAUCAUGGAGACGGACAUUGGGAGACCAACGAAGACCAGUUUAAACGGAGAUUGUCGGAGAUUUCGUGGCAGUCUCUCCUCAAUCACCAGUCGGCAUGUACACGACUCAGACUCGGCGGAGGAGAGGCACCUCAUCACAGAGGGGGACGUCACCCCGAGCGAGGAGAGCCCUGUCGGAGCUAUUGGCGGUGGGGCGGACCAAGGUGCGCAAGGCGCCAGCGGUGGUGGUGCUGGUGGUGCCCAACAUGCUUCUCUUGACCAGGAAUCAGGGUUCAUAAAGUUGGAUGGCAUUGAUCAAAUUUCGCCGGACGACGAGAGAUUGUACCAGGCAGGAUUCAUACACAGGCAGUUUGGGGCAAUGCUGCAACCGGGGGUCAACAAGUUCUCCCUAAGGAUGUUUGGGAGCGAAAAGGCAGUGGAACGGGAACAAGAGCGGGUUAAAUCCGCCGGAUUUUGGAUAAUUCAUCCUUACAGUGAUUUCAGGUUCUACUGGGACCUGACCAUGCUGCUACUGAUGGUGGGGAACCUGAUCGUCAUCCCGGUGGGCAUCACCUUCUUCAAAGACGAACACACGCCCCCCUGGAUCAUCUUCAACGUGAUCUCAGACACCUUCUUCCUCAUGGACCUGGUGCUCAACUUCCGCACUGGCAUCGUCAAGGAGGACAACACAGAGAUCAUCCUGGACCCACAACAGAUCAAGAUCAAGUACCUGAGGAGCUGGUUCGUGGUGGACUUCAUCUCCUCCAUACCUGUGGACUACAUCUUCCUCAUCGUGGAGACGCGCAUCGAUUCAGACUUCUACAAGACGGCCCGGGCGCUGAGGAUCGUCCGCUUCACCAAGAUCCUCAGCCUGCUCAGACUGCUCAGGCUGUCCAGGCUCAUCAGAUACAUUCACCAGUGGGAGGAGAUCUUCCAUAUGACCUAUGACCUGGCCAGUGCCAUGGUGCGUAUCGUCAACCUGAUUGGUAUGAUGCUGCUGCUAUGCCACUGGGACGGAUGUCUGCAGUUCCUGGUUCCCAUGCUGCAGGACUUCCCCCAGGACUGCUGGGUGUCCAAAAACAAAAUGGUGAACGACACAUGGGGCCAGCAGUACUCCUAUGCCCUGUUCAAAGCCAUGAGCCACAUGCUGUGUAUCGGGUACGGCAUGUACCCACCUGUGGGCAUGACGGACGUGUGGCUCACCAUCCUCAGCAUGAUCGUGGGCGCCACCUGCUAUGCCAUGUUCGUGGGUCACGCCACCGCACUCAUCCAGUCUCUGGACUCCUCCCGUCGGCAGUACCAGGAGAAGUACAAACAGGUGGAGCAGUACAUGUCCUUCCACAAGCUACCUGCUGAUAUGAGGCAGAGGAUCCAUGACUACUACGAGCAUCGCUACCAAGGCAAGAUGUUUGACGAGGAGAGCAUCCUGGGAGAACUCAACGAGCCACUCAGAGAGGAAAUCAUUAACUUUAACUGUCGAAAGCUGGUGGCUUCCAUGCCACUGUUUGCCAACGCGGACCCCAAUUUUGUGACCUCCAUGCUGACCAAGCUGCGCUUCGAGGUGUUCCAGCCUGGAGACUACAUCAUCAGAGAGGGCACCAUCGGCAAGAAGAUGUACUUCAUCCAGCACGGAGUGGUCAGCGUUCUCACUAAGGGCAACAAGGAAACCAAGCUCUCAGAUGGAUCCUACUUUGGGGAGAUCUGUCUGUUGACGCGGGGUAGAAGAACAGCCAGCGUCAGAGCAGACACCUACUGCCGUCUGUACUCGCUGUCUGUGGACAACUUCAACGAGGUCCUGGAAGAGUACCCCAUGAUGAGACGGGCCUUCGAGACCGUGGCUCUGGACCGGCUGGACCGCAUAGGGAAGAAGAACUCCCUCCUGCAGCACAAGGUGCAGCACGACCUGAGCUCCGGCGUUCUCAACUACCAGGAGAACGAGAUCAUCCAGCAGAUUGUGCAGCAUGACAGAGACAUGGCCACCUGUGCCCACCUCCUCCAGAACAUUCCUCCACCUCAGCCCCCGUCUCCGGGGCACACCCCCGUCAUCUGGGCUCCCCUCAUCCAGGCACCCCUGCAGGCUGCUGCCGCCACCACCUCUGUGGCCAUCGCCUUGACACACCACCCCCACCUCCCACACCUCCCCGCCGCGCUCUUCCGCCCGCCGGUCACGGUCCUGGGCUCCAGGAACCUCCAGGACCCUCCCCCCGGCCGGCUGAAGAAGUUCCACACGUCGGCGCCCACCUCCUUCAUGGGGCCUGACUCCCCCUCCAGCACCCCGUCAAAACUGCACUGCUCUGGGAUGGACACAGCCCUGCUGGCCUCCUUCCGGGCUCACCACACGACUCAGGGGUCAGGGGCAGCCAGCUCCAGUCAGCAGGCGUCCAGCAGCAGUGGAACCCAGCCUGGGCCUAGCGGGGCCUCCGCCUUUCCCUUUGGGCCUUUCUCCUCCUCCGGGGGCUCUCCCUCCCACAGCACGGCCCAGCUCCAUUCACAGCCCCAGACGCAGCAGCCAUUCCGCUGCACCACCCCGCCUCUUGCUGCCCUCUUCCAGCAGAGAGCCAUGGGGGGAGCAGGUAUGGGUGGAGCAACAGGGGGAGCUACUGGGGGGGCUACAGGUUGGUCUUCAGGAGGUGCUACCGGAGGUGAAAUAGGAGGAGCAAUAGGACGGGCUGAUGAGGGGGCCACGGGUGGGACAAUAAGAAGGGCCACUGGUUGGGGUAGACGUGGAUCUAUAGAAGGAUAUACUACUGGAGGGCAUAUAGGAGGAGCCACUGGGGGGUACUCAGGGAGGGCUAGUGGUGGGCACAUUAGAGGAACUAGUGGAGGCCAUAUGGGAGCUACUGGUGGAGCAAUGGGAGGGGCAGCUGGAGGGCAUAUAGGAGGGGCAAUGGGAGGGGCUAUAGGUGGAAUGACAAUUGGAGUUCUGGGUACCUCUAGUUCUGGUUGUAGUAUCAGCCCCCAGUCCACUGGUUCAUCCAGCAACAUUCCGCCCUGUCAACUGCUCCACAGCCAGCUGCCCCUAAAGCCUCCACAUGUGGGCUCCCUGCAGCAGUUUGCAGGCGGGGGCAGGACUCCUAGUGGGUUCUACCACUCCCCCCCUCCAGGCUCCCCAGCCUCCUCCUCCACCCAGCAGGCCCCAGAGGGCUCCCCGUCCCCCCUGGCCCAGUUCAGCCUGGCAGGCUUACAGUCUGGACUUCAGUCUGGCCUCCAGUCUGGCCUGGUCCCUCAGCUGUCCCUGGAGAGGUCUGCCCUGGCCUCGUUGGCCCAGUACGGCUCAGCUAACGGCUCACCCUGCUACACCCCCCUGGGGCCUAGCCCUACGGUCCAAAGCCCAGUCACAGGAAGGACUUUCCACUACAGCGACUCCUCCAGUACCACGGGGUCCCACAGCUCUCUGCUCAUGCCCCAGACCUCCCUCCCCAGCCAGCAGCACGCAGCCGGCAGUGAGUCUCUGCUGGGGCUGGGCAGCUUCUCUGAGGAGAUGAAACUAUUGUCCUGUUCUAACCCCUCCCUGCCCCAGGAUGUGGCCCAGGCCAUGGGAUACUCCUCACUCCCACGUUCCUCACCCCCUCACACCUCGCCCCCACGGUCCUCACCCCCACGGUCCUCACCCCCACGGUCCUCACCCCCACGCCCCUCCUCCAUGGAGCCAGGAUACUGCCUCUCCUCGCCCUACUCCUCCCCCAUCCUAGUGCCCAAACCCUGUAGCUCGGUGUCAGGUCACAUGGCUCCUCCUGUCCCUGCCCAGAUGUCUCCAGGACACCUGCAGCACCAGACUCAGUCCCCCGUGGCCUCCCCGGCCCUGCCGCCACGGAAAGGCUCGGCAGCCCACUCUGAACUAGAACCUGUCCACUCCAAACUAACCUCCAAUUUGUGAGGUCUGAUCACACCCUCCUGUGCACCCUCCCUGGACUAGUACACAAACAAUCUUCCUGUAUGAUGUCAUUCUCUUUUAGACUUCACUGUGUUCUAAUCGUUAUCAUUUCCACCAUCUUAAUAUUACUGUGAUUUAAAAGAUGACACUUAACCAGGUAACUUCGAGCUCCCUAGACUACUACUCUUUCUUUGUUUUUGUUUUGUCCUCUUCCCUUUUUUAUUCAUACGUAUAUACAUAGAAAUAUAUUUAAAAGAUAUGCUAAUCAAGGGACAGGAGGGUGUGAACAGAAAAUGAUAUCCAUUUAAGAGAUGGUCAUUUCUUUCUUUCUAACUAUGCCAAAUUCAUAUGAUGGGGUUUGGUUUGAUGGUUAGAUGGACAACACAAUAGUACUUUUUUGCAGGAACCUAUGCACUAAUACCUGCAUGUAUAGAUGCUUUUUUGUGUGUUUUAAAAGAACAGAAUCAACCUUUUCAGCGGAAAUACAUGCUUCAAUAAGAGCAGACUGACAUAUUUUUUCAUCCCAUACAGGAUCACAUAUUGUUGAUCCUUAAUCAUCUAUUAUCAAUUAGAUUACUUAUUUAUCCACUGUAUAGACUUUAUGAAACCUUCCAAGGUGGAGAAGAGAUUUUAGGAAACCAAAAAGAAUUUGCCUCCCCUUUGGCCUGUGUGUCAUUGUUGUAUUGUCGUAAUAUUGGGGGGUGUUGAGUGGGCUACAGGCCCUCCAUCCCUGUAGUGAGACAGACAUCAAGUAUAAUGUGUUAGUGAUAGGCUUCCUGCAGUGUCCUCAACCCUGUCCUAACAAAUUCACUUUGUCUUCCAAGCUCAUCAUGCCGCAAAUGUUUUGGAUGGACAAGGACAAGUUGAGCCCUGCAAUCUGUGUGCUAGUGGACAGAGUGUGUGCAUUUAUGUGUGUGUGUGAUAGUGACUGAGUGUGAGUGUGUGUUUGAGUGUGUGUCUGUGUGUUUAAGAGAGAGAGAGAGAAAGAGAGGGAGAGGAGUCUAAUGCAAGGGAAGAUCUUGCCGGACUAACCAAGGGGGGUUUUGCCUUUUCACAAAACUAGGACUACCAUCCCAACUUGUGUGUGGACUUGUGUACCUCCAGGACCCUUCAAUCUCUCAAUGCUAGAGAACACUACACUCACUACUGCUCCCAGAGCCAUUAAUCACACAUACUUCACAGUCAGAUAAUGUAGCAAAUACACAGGAAAUAGACAAUUUGGACAUAAGCAAUUACGUUUGUUAUUGUAAUGAUAUCAGAUACCUGUUGAAGUGCUGCUUGAUAGAAAGAUCUUACCACUCCACAUUACUACCCACAGCUGCUAUAAGGUCAACAUAGACAUUCUCCCACAUUGAAUGCCAGUGUUGAGUUGAACAUGUUGAAUGUAUGCGCAUUUCAUUUAUUUUUAUUUCGAAUAAAUAUGGGUUAUGCUGUUUUACAUCAAGGAGGUACAGACAGAAAGACGGGUCAUGACGGAAUAGAAAUGGUAGUUGUGGACAGUUUCAUAGUCCUGUAUGUUGAGCUUAAUCCCAGCGGACAAGAAUGGUUGAAAUUACUUCAUUCCAGCCAGAUAACAUGACAUCAUUUCAACCAACCAGCUGUAUGCCUGGCUGUGUGUUCUGUAAAGAUGGGUAGCAGUAAUCACCUCUGCUUCUCUCCACAGCCCAUCCCUUUCCUGCUCUCCUGCCCAUCAUAAGGAGCAGCAUGUUACCCUGGGUUCAGACAGCUGGGUCCAUCUCUAUCUCAGUCACACCACUCAGCCACAACACUCUUUUUUAACAGCACAGCACAGCCCCUGACCUCUGACCCGUGUAGGCCAGCAUGGGCUAGUUGACAGAAGUGCACAGUGACCACACUCUAGUCCCUCAUUACUACCUCUCUCAGCAGGCCUGUAACAAGGGCUAACCACACACACACACACACACACACACACACACACACACACACACACACACACACAC